AUGUUCUUUGCAGCCCAAAUAUGGUGGGACUUUGGCGCCGAUGCUUACGUUAACACGAACAAACACAUUCGAUUGACACGAAACAGGCCCUCACAAAUGGGCUGGCUAUGGUCCCGCCUCGCACUCACCCCGUCAAACUAUGUCAUUGAAGUAGAAUUCAAAGUGUCAGGAGACUCAUCACAUCUGUUUGGUGACGGCCUCGCGAUGUGGAUCACCAAAGAGAGAGCGCAGCCAGGACCUGUAUUCGGAAAUAGAGACCAAUUCACUGGCCUUGGAAUAAUACUAGACACAUACGCAAAUUCUAAGCACUCUUAUUCCUUCCCCCGAAUUGUAGGUAUUAUUGGUGACGGUCAAAUGAAGUAUGAUUUUGGCAACGAUGGUGACAGCCAGGCUUUGGGCUCUUGCUCCGCCAACUUCCGAAGGACAAACGUCGCUACCAAGCUCAAAGUCACAUACGUGAAAGAUUCAUUCCUAGAUGCACGGGAUGACUGGACAGACUGCUUCCGUAUCGAGAAGCCUUCUUUGCCUACCGCUCCCUUCCUCGGUUUCUCAGCAAUGACUGGCGACGUCUCAGACGCACACGACAUCAUCUCCGUCACAUCCUACUCCGCCAUCGUCUCACAGCCUGACGAACCGCGGAACAAACACAAAAAAUCAACCCUCUUCGCUUCCUCCGGCGAAGGUAACCCCGGCACCUGGCUCGGCUUCUUCUUUAAGCUCUUCCUCCUCGCAGGGGUUGGUGCCGGUGGGUACUACGGCUGGAAGGAGUACAAGCGCAGGCAGCGGUAUUCCGGGUUCGGCGGUGGUAUGGGCAUGGGAGGCAUGGGUAACAUGGGCGGCAGCGUACGGUCACCAGUCAGCGCUGGUGGCACUGGAAUGGGAGGGUACGGUAUGCGCAGCGCGGGCGUGAAUGGCGGAUUUGGGGAUUAUAGCAGCAAGCGUUAUUAA